UGGGGCCCCCGGGCAACAGGGGAUCAUGGGGCCCCUGUGUCCUUGCCCAAACUCAAAAAAGCCUAUGAAAAAGGUACCAGGGACAUCUCAUGGGGCACCCUACUGACCCCGGGCCCUUGGGCAGUGCCCGAAUUCCAAAUGGUCAGUCCGCCCCUGCUCUGGAUUCAUUAAUGUGAUCAAGAUAAAUGAACUAACCAUACACUUUCCCAACAAAGAAUGGAAGAUAUACCAAUUCUUCAUGACUGGUCUGCUUUAGAAUAUUUUGGAUUCGUCUGGAGUUUAAGAAAUUACAAGGAAUUUUUAAGAGGAACAAAUAUUAUUUUCA